GAUUUACACACAGCAAACUCAAACCAAGGGAAUCCUUUCAGGAUUUCUGUCCUGGAUUGACAGUGAUGGAUCUUGUGUACUCCAUUUACAGGAUUUAAGAAGAGGAGGGGAAACUCAAGGGAGAUGAGAAACUCAAACCAAACAGCACAUCAACAUCUGAAAGUCACUUGAUUCCUCAGCACCUUAAUAUCACCAGCCUUUGAAUGUAAGCAUUGAGUUCCAGGUCACUACCAGUCACCAGAAUGCUCCAAGGUGUUUCGCAGGAGUGUUAGAAAGCAACGUUUGACACUGAGAUACCUGAAGAGAUAUCAGGGCAGAUGAACAAAGGUCUACUAAAAGAGGGUAUUAGAAGGGGAGGAUUUAUAGUCAGGAAACUGAAACCAAACAUCACUUCAGACUUUGAUGGAGUCGCCCAUUCUAUCGUAAACUGAAUAUCUUUAGAUUUUGAACAUGGAAGGAAAAAGCACCGUUCACAGUGGGGAGAAACCGUACACGUGUUCUGUGUGUGGACGAGGCUUCAGCCGAUCAUCUGGCCGGUCAGAACAUAAACGCAGUCACAAUGGGGAGAAACCGUGGAAAUGUGGGGAUUGUGGGAAGAGAUUCAAUUACCCUUCCCUGCUGGAGAUGCAUCGGCGCAGUCACACUGGAGAGAGGCCGUUCACCUGUUCCAAGUGUUGGAAGGGAUUCACUCGGUUGUCCCACCUGUUGACUCACAAGCGAGUUCACACUGGGGAAAGACCUUUCACCUGCUCUGAGUGUGGGAAGGGAUUUACGGAUUCAUCCAACCUGCUGACACACCAGCGAGUUCACACUGAGGAGAGACCUUUUAAAUGUCCAGACUGUGGGAAGUGCUGCAUAAGUUCUGGGAAUCUGAUGUCCCAUCAACGUCUUCACACUGACGAGAGACCGUUCAGGUGCUCUCAGUGUGGGACUGGGUUCAGAUGGUCAUCUCACCUCACUGAACACCAGCGCAGUCACACUGGGGAGAGGCCGUUCACCUGUUCAGAAUGUGGGAAGGAAUUCACUCAGUCAUCCCACCUGCUGACACACCAGCGAGUUCACAGUGGGGAGAGACCAUUCAUCUGCUCCAAGUGUGGGAAGGGAUUCACUCAGUCAUCUCACCUGCUGAGACACCAGCGGGUUCAUAAGUAACUACAGUGAUUGGAUGUUGUUGUGAAAUUCCAUCCAGGACUAACCAUGUUCAUUCAGGGCUGUUUCUGCUGAUGUUAAUAAACUACAGCCCAGUUAUAGGGAUUGAUAUUCUGGAUAAAAGUCAAA